GGCAGAGGGCAGGCACCACCAUUCCUAGAGCAGGUAGCUGGCUAGCAGGAACCCAGCUGUGACAAAGGCCAUCACCUUCCAGGCAAGGAACAGACUCUUUUCACAGAAGGUGAAGGACGUGAAGCAGCACGUCUGCAGGUAAUUGGUGGGACCCAGUUGUAUCUGAGAGUGUUCCAAGGAGCAGCCAUGUCUGUCCUGUACCCGUCUCUGGAAGAUCUGAAGGUGGACCAGGCCAUUCAGGUCCAGGCCAGAGCCAUGCCCAGGAUGCCCACCUUGCCAGACCAGGAGACUCCCACCAUACCAGGACAAGGGACAGCUGUCUCCCAGUCUUCAGCUCUGUACCCAAACCUUGCUGAACUGGAAAAUUAUAUGGGUCUUUCCCUCUCCAGCCAAGAAGUCCAGCAGAACCUGCCUCAGAUUGCAGAAGGUGCUGGUACUGUCUCGACAGUCUUGGGCCCCUUCUCAAGCCAGGUGGUGGCGCCACUAUCCGGAAACAACCUGGGUGCACGGCGUGCAGAGAUCAAGCCUGGGGUGCGUGAGAUCCACCUGUGCAAGGACGACCGAGGCAAAACUGGUCUUCGGCUGAGGGCCAUCGACCAGGGGCUCUUUGUGCAGUUGGUCCAGGCUAAUACCCCUGCAUCCCUCGUGGGGCUGCGCUUUGGGGACCAGAUCCUACAAAUUGAUGGGCGUGACUGCGCUGGGUGGAGCACAGACAAAGCCCACCGGGCAGUGAAGAAGGCCUCAGCAGAGAAGAUUGUUAUGGUGGUUCGGGAUAGGCCUUUCCAGCGAACCAUCACCCUGCACAAGGACAGCACUGGGCACGUCGGCUUUGUCAUCAAGAAGGGGAAGGUCUGCUCUGUGGCCAAAGGGAGUUCUGCAGCACGCAAUGGGCUCCUCACCAACCACUGUUUGUGUGAAGUAAAUGGGCAGAAUGUCAUUGGGCUGAAGGACAAAGAGAUCACAGAGAUUCUGGCAGCUGCAGGGAGUGUGGUCACCCUGACCAUCAUCCCCACCGUCAUCUAUGAGCACAUGGUCAAAAAGUUGUCUCCAAGCCUGCUCCACCACACCAUGGACCACUCCAUCCCUGAUCUCUGAAGCCACGGACUGAAGCUCAGCCCUCCAUCUCCUGCAGGAGAAAGGCAGGUCCUCAGAUGACAGACCUCAGGAGAGCCCUCUUGUUGAGGACAGGACUGCUUGGGGGUGGGGUGGGGGCAUGUUCGAGGUAGGACUGCAUGGGAUCAUGUGGGCCUGUCUUUGUACCAACCACAGGCCUCCAGGAAACCUCAGAUCCGUAAUUGUGUCAGAGUCCAGGCUGUGCCCCUGUCAGCUGGUGCUGUGAAAAUUGAAAUGCUAGGCACAUAGGCAGGCAGGCUACAUAUUUCUGAAAGUCCUGGCUGGGUCUCUUUCAAGACUUUGCCUCUACCAGCAAAAAAAAAAAAAAAAAAAAAAAGUUCCAAGUUUUGAGAAAAUAGAAACAAUUUCUUUGUGACAAAUUUUCUCUUUACUUGUUCUUUGUAUAUAGUUGUAACCCUUUACUUCCUUUCAAUAAAGAUCUGAUUAUAAAAAAAAAAAA